UCUGGAUUCGGCCAGGUUUGCGCACGCUUUUGUAUGGGAGGCCUGAAAAUCCAACUUGAUCACUCGCAAAUAUCUCAACUACUACAAAUCGUAUCGCGAAGCCAACUACUGUCUGAAGAUCGCCAUUGACAGGCGAUUCCAAUGAGCCUAUUUUCAUGUAUAUGCCUGCAGUAUUUUGCUGGACGGUUGGCCUCGACGUAAAAUCCAGGUUUGCGCACGCCUUUCCUUCCGGUCGAUGACCCCCCCCUGAUUUCCACAAUACUGCGUUAAACUCUAUUAAAUUGGACACUAGCGUUGUACUCGUCUAGGCGAUCCUCAGAGACUGUUUUUCCUCCCUUUUAUCCAACUGUAUUGCCGAACGGUAGCUCAGAGGGUGUAGAAAAUGGCCUAUAACGAGCUUGAUCGCGGGCAUCCUGGGCUUGCGGGCAUCCUCCUGGCCAACGUGGGCAUCUUCCUGGGCUCGCGGGCAUCUUCCUGGGUUUGCGGGCAUCCUGGCCAACGUGGGCAUCUUCCUGGGCUCGCGGGCAUCCUGGGCUUGCGGGCAUCCUCCUGGCCAACGCGGGCAUCUUCCUGGGUUUGCGGGCAUCCUGGCCAACGCGGGCAUCUUCCUGGGCUCGCGGGCAUCCUGGGCUCGCGGGCAUCUUCCUGGGUUUGCGGGCAUCCUGGCCAACGCGGGCAUCUUCCUGGGUUUGCGGGCAUCCUGGCCAACGCAGGCAUCUUCAUUUGAUGGUGUGGUGGCCGUCGGUGCAAUGCGCCCUGCACUCUUUGCGUGCGUUGAUC